CGAAGUACUUCCGCCCAGACGUACGUCAUCAAUACUCGCGGUAUUUUGAAAAGGAACGAGCUAGCGGUGAAGUUGACAGCUGUAUGUCAUCUAUCUGUGGCUGUAUGAUAUUGUGAAAUAUUAUACGUUUUAAGAAAAUCAAGCCAGCUAACUAUUUCAAAUAUGAGAUCCAACGAGGUAACGUUGCAACAGGAGAAUGAACAGCCACUGGACACAGAGGUCCAGGAUACUCCAGUACCACCUGUCAUUCCUUUCUACACAGAGUGCUCGGAAGCUGCACAGGCACAACUGUUUAACGAGUGUGAAGAGCAGUUUGCCCAGCUAGAGAUGCUUCAGAACGAGAUCAUUCUCGCAGAGCCAGACUCGGAUGAAAACCCACAAGAACAGUCUGUGAAUAGAUUGACGGCUGUAGCAGCUGAGCUGAAGCAGAGGCAGACAAGACGGCCAGAACUGUUGUCCACAAAUCCUGAGGUGUUACUCGUCAUUGGAGCAGAGGAGUUACAGAAGCUGAAUUCACAACUGGAGUUGGUCCUCUCUUGCUCACAAGCCAAGAGAGACCCACUGAGAGAGACUUUAAAAAGAGAACAGAAGUGGUUGGAGAAAAAGAAGAAAGUGUUGGGGGCAGGCACUGAACAUGUGGUCAAACAGCGACUGGAAAACGGAAGGUUAUCUGAACACAGUGUGUUGCAGGACACCAAGAAGAAGAUCCAGAAGAUGAAGGAUUACCAGAACAGACUGAUGGAGACCCUGGCAGACGUACUGGCGGAACACUUCCCACUUCCUACACAGGAGACCAACGCUGACAAGAAGGAAAAGAACAUUCCUCAAGAGCUGAACGAGAAUCUAAUUUCACUCAAUGAAGUCCUGGAGCUGCUGAUGAACAUGACUCUGGAGACGCCUCACGAUCCCUACGUAUCGAUAGACGAGACGUUCUGGCCCCCGUACACAGAGAUGCUGCUGCGCCACGGCAUUGCACAGAGACACCCAGAGGACUGUUUCAAGAUCCGCCUGGAAACCUUUUAUUAACAGUAACUGGUCAGACAUCUUGGUUCUAAUUUUGUCAGCGUGUAUAGCAUCCUGGUCCCAGAUGUUUGUGCUGUCUUGCCGUCUCAUUGUCAUGCCAUCGAUCAUAAGCGUUGGUUAUACAGUACAAACAGAUCUGGGACUAGGCUAGGUGUAUGGGAAUAUCAUGAGUAUGUAUUGAGAUAGGUCACUGGUUUAUAAUGUUAUUUCCUGUAUGUUUCAUAAUUGGUUAACCUUUUUGAAUAUUUUUUUUACAUGUUAAAUAUCUAUGCAUGUUGCUCUCUGGCUACUGGAACACAAUUUGCAUACUUUGGUGAAACCUUAAAUUGUUAUGUAUAUAUUUCCAUGUAUCAAUGUAUGCCGGAUUUGUUCUUAACAAAAUUAAAAAUCAUAACAAAAAAUAGA